AUGAGUGAUGAUGGAAAUCUGUCCGGGAUAGAUGUUGCAACUUUUGAUGAGACACUUGAUCUCGAAUCUUCAGGUGGGAAGGAGCCGCAGUUAAAUGGAAUUGAUUAUUUGAAAAUUCAUCCGCUCAAUGAACAAGAUAAUGUGCUGAAUCAAACAAUUGGUAUUGAGAAACUGAAAGGUCCAAGAGUGGUUGUUUUUCUGAAUAAAUUAGUUUACGUAUAUGCUCCAUUAAAUAAAGAAAUACUAUUUGCCUUUGAGCUUCCGAAUCCUGAGCACCUAAUUGCAUAUAGUGUCGAUGGUGACUCUGCAGCAGUUCUGACAAAUCACGCCAAUAUUAUAUUUUUAAGUUUUCGAAAACUGGCCAAAAUAGGUGAAACAUCGAUGAAACCUUUCUUUGAACAACUUCCUCUUCUGGGGAAAAUAAUAUUCAAGAAGUAUAAGAACUAUAUCUUCUACUCUUUUGACCGUCAGAAUAUCUUUGAAUGUGAAAUCACCAAUAAUUUUCAAGUAAUACAUCAUAGAAAUAUUUAUUCGGCAUGUACCUCUGUGAUUAUUGAUUUUUUCUCAUCUGGAUCUUUUUUGCUAGUAUGGAUAAGGUCGAGUGAUCCUCUUGAAGCUGUACGCGUUGACAUAUGUCGAAGGGAGUAUUCAAUCGAGUAUGAGCUGUUUAAAAAAUAUACAAUUUUGGGGUUUCAUAGUGGAGAUUCACAUGUCAUUAAAAUGAUCAAAGAUGACGCUUUUUUAGUUGUGACGUCAAGAUUCGCCACUUUUAUAUACAUUUAUCCAAACAUGGAACAAGUUGAUAUGAUUCCAGUUGCCAGGCCAUUUAAAUUCAGGAAAAAUGAAAAAGAAACUACACAUUUUAUCAACUCUACUGUUGAAAAACUUGAUAGGUAUGGUUUCAUGUACAGAAUUUUGCUCUAUUUUAGUACAGGCGCCUGCAGCUCUGGUAUAAUUAAUUUGUAUGCUCUCUAUAAUCCCACAAACAAGAAUGUUAAAAGUGAGAGGGCGUCAGGUGGCCUUAAGAAGAUCUUAAAAUGGCAAUUGCUGAAUCCUCUAUCCCAUUGGGAAGGAGAAGUGCCGAUAAAUUUCAUGCAAAGAGUUAAUAAAUCAAAUUUCAUAGUGUUUAAUAAAGCUGAUGGUGUCUUUUGUGUAGAAGUUAAAUCAAACAAAGAAAAUGAUUUCAACUUCGAAAGUUGGAAAGUAAAGAUAGAUGGCUUUAAUUUUGAAAACAAACUUUACCAUGACACUGGGUUGCUUAAUUCUGUCGGAGAUCUGAAUCAUACCGUUGUUUCGUGCGGUUCUUCAAAUAAGCAUGAUAAUGGAUUUAUUGAAUUGUACCAAAGAAGAUUUCCUCAUUUACCAUUAUCUUUAGAAGUGUCACUACCGCACAAAAAUGUGGUAGAUAUAUGGCUGAACAAUCGUGAGGGAAAUAUUACUUAUGUGCAUUCUGAGGAAAUCUUUGAAAUGAAUCUCCAUAAAGAUGAAAAAAGGUCGUCACCCAAGAGAAAGGGUUCACUUCAACCAGAAAAUUUUAUAAGCGAAAGAGGAAAUAUUGUUACGAUAUUAACAUUAACUGAUACCAAUGAAAUAUUGGUGUGCUCUGGUCCCGUAUUAUCUCUUGAUAAUCCUGCGUGGGACCUUUCGUUGCAAUUGUAUCAAACGGGUAGAUACUUGAUUUCAAGAUAUAAUAUUGAAACAGGAGUUACAGAGAGAUUUUAUGAAGGCAAAGUUGGCGGCGGCUUGACUGGCAUAAGCGCAGCAUUAGUUCAGGAAAGCAAUGUGUUCCUUUUAGUACAGAAUCAAGACAGCACUAUUCUACUGUAUGAAAACAAUAAAAUCCUUGCAUCUAGGGCUUGGGAUGGCCCGUCAAUUGCAUCGAUGCACCUUAGCGUACUUAAACAGACGGGCAUUUUUAGUGUCACAUUGUUGACAGUUACCGGUGAGAUCUUAUGUCUAUGCUCCAAUCUUGCUAGGGUACGUUUAUUUAUUCAAAACGAAUUUGCUACAGCGCUAAAGCCUGUCAUAACUCCCAAUCUUUUUUUUUGCACAUUAUUUUAUGACAGCCAUUCAAUCUAUGCUAUCAAUCAUAAUGAUAGCAGUUAUGGAGUAUUGCUCCAGGUCGAAAACAGCCUAAACAAUGUGAGGCUUUUUGAGAAUACUGACAAGACGCUCAGUAUAGUAACACAUGAUGAAAACUCGAAGGUUAGGGUAUACAAGACCGAUAUUUCAAAAUUAAACGAAGACCCAAAGUUUCUGCCAAAAGUGAUCACUUUUGACUCUCGUGUUCCUAUAGCUAUCUGCAAUCUGCAAUUUAAAAAGUGGUUGGGACUGUUGUUGAUUCAUAACAAGGAAAAAAGAGGAUAUGAACUAGUAUUAUUUGAUUACAUUACAAGAAAAGAGUUAGCCAUACAAAAUGUCCCUGGGCAACUAGGAUCAAAAUACAUGCUGCAGGAAAUCUCAAAUCAUAAUCUUGGAUCUUUCACCAAAACUCUGUUUGCAGGCUGGUUUGUUUUGUAUAUAGGUUCUGAAAAUCCAUGCUUCAAGGUGGUGAAUGUAGUAAAACAAAAUUUAAUAAAAAAUGUACAUACAGUUAGAAUUAAUUGUCUUGUAUCAUCUCUCAUAAUUACGGUUGCAAGAAAUGGUCUCAAUAAAGUAAUCCUUACCUUUUUUGGUGAUGGUGUAAAAGAGUUUUUGCUGGAAAUAACUCAAGAGGGUUCAAAAUUGUCUGAGGUGUCAUCAUUGUCCCAAGAACAAUCUAAAUUGCCAUACGUUUCUAGUGCAUUUUCAGUUGAGCAAAAAUUAAGGAUAUUUAACUCAUACCCAAGUAGACUGCUCCCUCGCGUUGAAAGAAGUUUCAACGGUACACCAAGCUACUUAACGAAGGUAGUCGUAUCAACUCAGAAUUCUCCACUUUUACAAAAGCCAUUGGUCCGCCUUCUCUCUGUUUCUAAUGGUAGUUCAAGCUCAAUAUAUUCAGCUUGUAUUGACUCAAAUAAUGUGCUCCAUAUUAAAAAAAAUGUGGAGUGUCGACCUGACUGUGGAUAUUUUGGAACUGGUCCUUCGGUUAGUAUACCUCUUUACUUCAAAGUUAAUAAGAUAAUUGCCAUCGACAAUAAAUAUCGAGAAACAAUUUAUGGCAUGAAAUUUGAUGAGAAGGCCUCUCAAUCUUCUAUGCCGUUGUUUUUGAUUGUUGGAUCAAAUUGUAGUCUCUACUAUAUUGAGAGAACAGCCCCCGAAAGAUAUCAGCCCUCUGGUUUACUGACCCAAUGGACAUUUGUCAGACUCGGGUCAAGGUAUGAGAAAAAAGAAAAUGUCGAUAAGCAAGAGUAUAAGAUGCUGAUAUCAGAUUAUAAAUAG